UUCAGUGGGAAUCUUGUGAGGGAGGGGACGCAAGCAGCGCGGAACCCGGAUGCUGAUGCUGCUCGUGUCGGAUGGGGAGAAGCAAUACAGGGAGAGUUCGAGCUAAAAACCAGAGAAAGGCCCACUGACAGAGGGACUGCUAUCCUCGCGGUCACAAGGCAAGGGAAGCGAACGGAUUAAAGCCAGGCGGCUCGAGAGGAUGACUCCGCGCGCGGUAUCCGAGGCGACGGGAGGAGAGCGCGAGGAGAUGCUGUGAUGCGCUGCACAUAGCCAGCGCGAGGGAGGGUGGAGGAGGCUCCUGCGAUAGUUAAAGAUGCUCGCGGUUUGACCAGGAAUGUGUUCCGUGCGAAUAAAGCCGGGGAUUUCUGCGCAAACACUAUAGCGCAAUGCACUCCUGGAUUAACUGACGGAUUCAUGUGACGGAAGACGCAGAGGCUUUCUUCCCCGAAAGGGUGGCUGUUUUCUCCCGUGCAGUUCUCCCGUAUUUCCGGAUGUGAGGCCUGGAAGAUACCGUAGUUUAUAUCAGGCACGGGACGCUCAUACGCUGCAUCCAAACAUUAAUUAAAUCAAAACGAAACAUUUUGAAGAGUUAGUGACAAAAGAAAGAGACUUAGAAUAAUAGGCGUAAGGUGUUACAAACCGGAUGCGCGAAAUGUGGCCAAGUUUUUAAUUAAUAAAUACAUCAAUUGCAGUUUGACAAUAACGGGAGGCUACAUGAAUAUUUAUUUUAAAGAUGAAAAACCGGCGAAAAUAAACCGAUGACUGAACCAGGCUACCAAAUACUCCUGUUAGGCUAUCUUUAUCUGUCCUCAGUAUUCAUAAUCAUUGUGCUGUCGUCCGCAGCUAUUAUCUGAUCUAGUCAUAGUGUCUUCUCGUACCCUCAACCUUCUUCCAGCAGCAGCUGCAAACACAGGCCGUGUGGAUCGCAAUAGCUGCUACAGUUUGGCGUGUAGGCUCGGCUGGACACGCAUUUCUCUGUUCACUUUUGAUAUUUUCUGACGGAACAUGUUACCGAUCCGUUUCCACGAAGUUUAAGGAGUCCCGGCAGAUGUUUGGGAGUAGGCCACGGCACUGACAGCACGCCUCAGCAUCCCUGUGUCAUCGCUCACCGUCUGUGAUGUCUGCACGGCGGAGCUGUUGCGUGAGCAGGACAGACGCCAGUGGAUACAUUGUGAGAAUACACUGAUCACCCCCUUUAUAUCGUGACACAAAACCGCGGUCGAACGAAAUGUCCAGUAAGGAGGUGUCUGGGAGUCAGGCAGCUCAGUACGUCGGGCCCUACCGACUGGAGAAGACGCUGGGGAAGGGCCAGACAGGUCUGGUGAAGUUAGGAAUUCACUGUAUCACAGGACAGAAGGUGGCCAUAAAGAUAGUUAACAGAGAAAAGCUAUCCGAGUCUGUUCUUAUGAAAGUGGAGAGAGAGAUAGCUAUUCUUAAACUAAUAGAGCACCCUCAUGUCCUAAAACUGUAUGAUGUGUACGAGAAUAACAAAUAUCUGUAUCUAGUGCUGGAACAUGUAUCUGGUGGGGAGCUGUUUGACUACCUGGUAAAGAAAGGCAGAUUGACCCCUAAAGAGGCUAGAAAAUUCUUCAGACAAAUCAUAUCUGCUCUGGACUUCUGUCACAGUCACUCUAUAUGCCACAGAGAUCUCAAGCCUGAAAACCUCCUGCUGGAUGAGAAGAAUAAUAUCAGGAUUGCUGACUUUGGCAUGGCCUCCCUACAGGUUGGGGACAGUCUGCUGGAGACCAGCUGUGGAUCACCCCAUUAUGCAUGUCCUGAGGUCAUCAGGGGAGAGAAAUAUGACGGACGUCGGGCAGAUGUGUGGAGCUGUGGGGUUAUUCUCUUUGCUCUGUUGGUGGGAGCGUUGCCCUUUGACCAUGAUAACCUGCGUCAGCUGUUGGAGAAGGUGAAGAGUGGGGUAUUUCACAUGCCUCACUUCAUUCCUCCAGACUGCCAGGCUCUCCUCCGUGGCAUGAUUGAGGUCAACCCUGAGAAACGCUUCACGUUGGAAGAAAUACAAAAGCACCCUUGGUAUCAAGGGGGCAGGAACGAGCCGUGUCCAGAGCAGCCAGCCCCGAGGCGUGUGUGUGUGAAGAGGAUUCUGUCUCUUACAGAUCUGGACCCUGAUGUUCUGGAGAGCAUGCACUCCCUGGGCUGCUUCAGAGACCGUGUCAAGCUCACCAGAGACCUGCAGUGUGAAGAAGAAAACCAGGAAAAGUUGAUCUACUAUCUUCUGUUGGACAGAAAGGAGCGCUACCCUAGUUAUGAAGAUGAACAUCUUCCACCCAGAAAUGAUAUUGAUCCUCCCCGUAAGCGGGUGGACUCGCCCAUGUUGACCCGUCAUGGGCGCUGUCGGCCGGAGAGAAAGAGUCUGGAGGUACUGAGUGUGACAGAGCAGGGCUCUCCAACACCUCCCCGCAGAGCACUGGAUACCUCUGCACAUAGCCAGAGGUACAUGCCAACUGUUUGAUAACUUUGUAUUAACCUUCAUCUGAAAGUCAAGCAUGAUGUACCAC